CAUGUACUAGUAAGUUUGCUUCACAAGUACGUAGAUCGUAAAUCAACUUAAAUAUUUUACAUUAAACUGUAUUGUCAUAUUUUCAAGUAUCAAAUAACAUGAGAUUAUUCGUAUGUUUUUCCUGGUUCUUAUUUGUAACACCACUGACGGAAAAAGCUGUAAACAAGAUGGGCAGUGUAAAUGUAUUUUUGACGACGGAAGUGGAACAGUUGAUUUAAGCCCUAUCGGAAGACAAGACGGAACAUCUUUGAUACAAGAUCAGUUUGCCCCAGACAACUACGCAUAUUCCUUCAAUCCCUGUUACCCAUUCAUUGAAGGAACGUGUGUCAACGCAGCGGCAUGUCAGUAUGAUUCUGCAAACAUCAUCUAUUAUAACAUUGGAGAUGCAUCGAAAGUUACACUAUCAUAUAAUGGUAUUAACGUGAUAGGGACUUACGUUUCAGAUGACGGGGUUAGGUCAAGUAUUGUAACGUUUCAGUGUGAUCCAAAUGCAGACCCUCCAAUAGCUACUGCUGCGGGACACACUUCUUCUACAGUAUACGGGUUUACAGUAACUUCUAAAUACGCAUGCCCGUCAUCUCAGCCAACACCAACGCCAACGCCAACGCCAGGAGAGGGGUGUUAUACCAAUUUCGGUGACUUUACAAAGAAAUGCAGAAAAACGUACGACGGGAAAGACGGGUAUAUUAAGCUUUUAAUCAUUGAAGACUGGGACGGCAGGUGCGUGUUUCCCGAAAAUGAAGAUGUUGCUGUGAGUCUACACAAUACAAAAUCUACAUGUGAUGACGUCACUACUAGGUGCAAUCCCGUGCAAGCCUUCUCUGUCAAUGGCUAUGUAUGCAAAGAGGUGAUUGAUCAGCGCACAAAGAACUCUGAUCUUAUUGUAUUAAUCAGCAAGAUUAUCGGGCGUUUAUUUUAGUACUGUAACAACAUGCUAUGGUUAACAGCCGGUCUUUGUUAAUAAGACUGUUGAAUAUUGUUCAAACUACCACGCUAGAUAUAGUUAUUUUAUAUUAUAUUGUACUUACGAGUAACAAUAAUUCCUGUCACAUAAACAUCUUUUAUUUAUCUCUAUAAUAGUAAAUCAAAAAUUUUGUUAAAUCAUACAAUAAAUAAUUUCUAUUUA